GUGGUUGCACUCGGGCGGUAGGAGUUGACUCUCUGUCCUUAGCAGGUCCUCGGCCAGCGUCUCGGUCUCACUGCGAGACAGCCGAGCCGCGGCAACAUGAGCGACUCCGCGGGAGAAAGUGCUGGCCUCCGGCGCUACCCCGAUCUCCCGGUGUGGGUGGUGGAGGAUCAUCAGGAGGUUCUGCCUUUUAUAUACCGAGCCAUUGGUUCAAAACACCUUCCUGACAGUAAUAUACGUUUUGUGCAUUUUGAUUCACAUCCAGAUCUCCUUAUUCCUGUGAAUAUGCCAGCUGACACUGUAUUUGAUAAGGAAACUCUUUUUGGAGAAUUAAGUAUUGAGAAUUGGAUUAUGCCUGCAGUUUAUGCUGGCCAUUUUUCUCAUGUAAUAUGGCUUCAUCCUACGUGGGCUCAGCAAAUCAGAGAGGGUAAACACCACUUUUUAGUAGGCAAAGAUACUUCUACCACAACAAUCAGGGUUACAAGUACAGAUCAUUACUUCCUAAGUGAUGGUCUUUAUGUAACUGAAGACCAGCUAGAGAAUCAAAAACCUUUACAAUUGGAUGUAAUUAUGGUAAAACCAUAUAAACUCUGUAACAGUCAAGAAGAAAAUGAUGCAGUGUCUUCUGCUAAGAAACCAAAGCUAGCACUGGAAGAUGCAGAAAACACUGCCUCUACUAACUAUGACUCUUAUUCAGAAGGAUUGGAAAAGGACACAGUGACACAGAGAAGCGUCCAGCCUUGCCUAGAACCUUCCCACUCAUGUUCUUCUGAAAGCCAGGAAUGCCAGACUACAGUCAGCACUGGAGAAAUUCUGGAAAUUUUGAAGAAAGGGAAUGCAUUUGUUUUAGAUAUUGACUUAGAUUUUUUUUCAGUCAAGAAUCCCUUCAAAGAAAUAUUCACUCAGGAGGAAUAUAAAAUCUUACAAGAGCUGUACCAAUUUAAAAAGCCUGACACCAACCUGACGGAGGAAGAUUUGGUAGAUUGUGUUGAUACUCGAAUUCACCAGUUAGAAGAUUUAGAAGCUACUUUUGCUGAUUUGUGUGAUAGUGAUGAUGAAGAAACUGUACAGAAAUGGGCUUCAAACCCUGGAAUGGAAUUACUGGUUCCACUUGUACAGAGUUUGAAAAAAAGGAUGGACGUGCCAGACUAUGAAAUGGUUCACCAGGCUGGUCUAACCUGUGAUUAUUCAGAACUUCCUCACCAUAUCAGCACAGAACAAGAAAUUGAUCAUCUUAUUCAGUCUGUGUAUUAUUUACUGAAAAAUUUGCCAAAGCCUACUCUUGUGACAAUUGCAAGGUCAAGUCUGGAUGAUUACUGUCCUUCUGAGCAAGUUGACACCAUUCAAGAAAAAGUCCUCAAUGUGCUACGCUCCCUCUACGGGACUCUGGACAUUCACCUGGUGUAUUCGGCAGAGUCUUCUCCAUCUUGAAACAGCCGAACACUAGGCUCCUAUUACAUCUCGAUGUAAUAACAGGGUUUUCAUUAACUUAUUUGUAAAUGUGUCUUCUAGAGAACACUUCGUUUUUCUGUUAACUUUGACUUAAAAUCUUUCGGGUACCGUCAGUUGCUGAGUGAUGGCAAUUUUGUGGGCAUGAAGUCUAUCCCUGUUGCUUAUCUUUCUCCUUUUCUGUAAUUGUCUCCGCUUUUGUCAGGGUGUUUUUUUGUUUGUGCUAUUGCAGAUGUCCCCGACCUUUUUUUUUCUUCUCCUGAGACGGUGUUUCUUUUCCCCUCUUUUCUCAUUUUUCUCCUAG